GACAACAUUAUCUCCACUGAUCACAGCAGCAGCAGUGGUUCGUCGUUCGCGUCGUCAAUCGUACUCCGAACGUCGUGCGUUCCGGACCGAUCGUGGUGAAGUGCUUAUCCAGUAGUAGACGCGUAAACCUCACAGGAUUCUAGCUAGUUUGUGCGUAUAGCUUAUGGGAGAUAGCGGCUCCUACUGUGUUGUGUUGUGAUCUUUUGGAAAGCGAUCGUGGGGCAUGCUUUAUAUUAAGAAACAUUUUUUGUUAGGAAAGAAAACAUUCCAUAGCUCCACAUAAAGAGACGUAUGCAAGUGGACUUCCUCGCUAUCUCGCUCUCCCUCUCUCAAUAUUCUGGAACUGGUGGGGAUUCCGGUUUCUUGUUCGUGCAAAGGUGCUUAAUCUCAGUGAUUCGUUAUAAAAGCUGUACUACCGGGUGCCGUCGCAUCAGUUAAGUGGUGGUGGUGUAGAUCGCUCGUAGCAGACGACGUGAUCAGCAGACGGCGUGUGAAGAGUAAGCGUAAUACGACGCGUUUCCUAUCGGGAUCACAGUCGUGCCGUUACCGGUUCUUGGUGGUUUCAGUGUCGACGGCUUGUCGCCGGGUAGGGAAGAUGCGCAAACGGGACGACAGAGUGAUGCUUCUGCUGCUGUUGGUGUGUGUUACGCUAGUUCCAGCAGUGAUAGGACAGCAGCAAAAAUUUCGACAACAAAUCGGACCCGUAAAUCGACGAUCGUCCUUUGCUGAUCCCGCCCCGGUACCGGCAACGGCAUCACUCCAAGCUGCAUUCGUUGGCGGCCAGACAUUCAGCUACAAUCCGGCCGCGGCAGCAGUAACCGAACUGGCACGGGUGAUCGGCAGUAUUCUCGGGCAGCAAAACAAGGCGGCCGUCUUUUCGCCGGUCAGUAUCGUCUGUGCGCUAUCGCUGAUGUUAAUCGGUGCCGAGCAGGAAACGAAGAACGAGCUGAUACAGGUGCUCGGCUUCCAGCAGUACCGGAACCACCUGGACAACAUCCAUGAGCUGUACGGGCAGAUGUUGAAGGAUUUGGCCAAGACCGAGUUCGACCGUACGCCGCCACGCUGGCGCACCGCAAACCCCUGCUACGACGACGAUGACGAAGAGGAGGCAGCGGCAGCAGCGGCAGAAUUUCCACCCGCGAAGGACAUCAUACGCGUGACGAACGCGGUGUUCGUGCAGGAGGGAUUCCCGCUGAACGCCAGCUUCACGUACUACUCCAAUCGGUACUACAGCAGCACGGCGGCCAACGUUCCAUUCGCCACCAAUCCUGCACGGGCGGCCGCCUUCAUCAAUGCGUGGGCACAUCGCAGCACGGAGGGCAAGAUCCGGGACAUCCUGUCCGAAUCCGUGGCGGCGGAAGCGGAAAUGAUUGUGGCCAGUGCGCUCUACUUCAAGGCACUGUGGUCGGAACCGUUCGAGCGGCAAGCAACCGAGCUCAAACCGUUCUAUCCGGAUGGUCACGGGAGAGAGUCAAAACAGGUACCGACAAUGUCCACCGUCGGCUGCUACCCCUACUACGACGCGCGUGAAUACGAUGCGAAGAUCGUAGGUCUCUCGUACCAGGGCAACAAAACGGCAAUGUACAUCAUCAUGCCGAACAACUCAACCCGCCGGACCAUGCUGGAGUUCCAGCGCCGUCUUACGCCGCUCAUAAUUGGUGAGCUGGUGUCAAAGAUGACCCAGCGCAAGAUGUACCUGCAGAUGCCGAAGAUGCAGAUCACCAACACGAUCAAUCUGCGCGAGGUGCUGCAGCAGCUAGGGUUGCAAACGAUCUUCAAGCGCGGCCAAAGCGAUCUGUCCGGUAUGGUUGCGAUGCCGCGGCCGGUCCUGCAGUUCGCGACACGCUUCAGUGAAACGGGUGCACCGGCAGAUCCCACGUCGGUCGUUUUCCCCAACGAGGAGUACAAUGUGCAACCGGCGGCUGACAUACGGCGCGGUACAGGGAUGAACAACAUUAACGCUGCGGCAGGAGAGUCGGCCCGUGAACGAGUGCCCGGUUCACUCCUGCACGUGAGCGAGUUCAUCCACCGGGUUGAGCUCGACGUCAACGAGAAGGGUACGGAGGGUGGUGCGAUCACGUCGUCCACCAUCUUCCGGGCGCUACCAUCCGUUCAUCUGCGGAUCGACGCACCGUUCCUGCUGCUGAUCGGCCAUGACGCUACGCGGCUACCACUGUUCUACGGUACGAUCUACGACCCAACACGAACUAAAAUGAAACUUUUCCAAGCACUUUCGUUCACAUUAUGGCUGCUUCUGGUGCCACUUGUCCACGGUCAGUGGAAUGGAUACAAUACACGAUCGCCCUUUUCGAAAAUCACGCCUAUGAUUCGUGGACGAUUUGCGUCGAGCAAAGGCGCAACUCCACCCCCCAUAACGACCACGACCAGGCGACCAGCAGCACCACCUACGACCGGCUAUUCAGCCACUCGCCUAUCCCUUACUCCGGAAAACGAUUCCAAAAUAUCGCAAACCGUGGUAGACUUUAUGAUGCGCAUCAGCCGCACGCUGGUGCAACACCAUAGCAAGACAGAGCUAUUCUCACCGAUCAGUAUCAUUACCGUGGCUAACCUGCUGUUCCUCGGAUCCGCCGGAGAUACUCACGCAGAGUUUGGAAAGGUCCUGACACCGUCCAGCAUGAACUGGAAGCAAAUGCACCAGCGGUACGGUAAGGUGCUGGCGAAUCUUGUAUCAGCGGAACCGGAUGACAGUCGGCGGGAUCAGUGGCGUCGCCAAACCUGCCCACGGGAUGAAGACUACGACGAUGAGCCGACCACUCCCGCACCGAAAUCCCAAAUUAUACGGGUAGCCAACGGAAUCUUCUACCAGAAGGACCUCCAGAUGCGCCAGCAGUACGUAUCGUUGGCACGCAGUCUUUAUGGUGCACUGGUACAACCGAUCGAUGUUCAAAAUUCGGGUGCAUCCACAGCAAAGAUCAACAAAUGGGUUAGCAAUGUAACGGCGGGCAAAAUACGCAACAUGCUCGAGGGUCCACUUAGUCCAAGCAGCAGCGUGGUUAUCGCAAACGCGCUCUACUUCAAAGCCAAGUGGAAGACCCAGUUCGAACCGCUCGUGACGCGUGACUCAUCAUUCUUCCCGGAUGGAAUUGAUGGGCCGUCCAUUCGAGUGAAGAUGAUGAGCAUGGGCGGUUGCCUGCCGUUCUACAAACCUCGUGACGUCUUGGAUGUGUCGAUCGUGGGGCUGCCGUACCGAGAUGAUACCAGCACGAUGUACCUCAUCCAACCGGCCAACUCGAGCCGAACCGCCAUCAGACGUCUGCAGGCGUCGCUUACCGGCAAAAUGGUUGACUCGUGGAUCGCACAGAUGAAGCUCCAGUCGACGAUGGUGCGGUUGCCGAAGAUGCAUCUGAAAAACAGUGUCGAUCUGCUGCAAUCGUUCCAGAAGCUGGGCUUCAACUCGAUCCUCAGCCCGGCCAAGAGCGAUCUUACGAACAUGAUCAGCAGUGGCACCACGGGAGAGAAACCGUACGUGAACCAGAUCCUGCACAAGCUGGAUCUUACGAUCGAUGAGGAGGGUACGGAAGGUGCGGCCGCUACCUCCGCGCUGGUUGACCGUAUCGGUUCGCAGAGAAUGUUUAACGGAAACACGCCGUUCCUUAUCUAUCUCCGGCACGACGCUACCGGUUUGCCACUGUUCUAUGGUCCGAUCUUUGAUCCGCGCUAAAAAAACGAUGUGUGGGAAGGGAUUAACCAAAGAACUUAUCGUUUGUAAGUAGUAACGACAGGUGUUCGAAAUGUGUCCGAAGGCACUCGUAUUUAUUUCACUCGAAAAAGAGAAAAAUUGACAAGAAAUAAUUUUAAAGAUAUUAUAAUGACUUUGAAGCAGGCAGGUUAAAAUUUACAGUUCGAUGAAAUGUUAAGCUAGUAGAUAUUCAGGCAGGUUUACUUACUUUAAACUGUAUCAGUUGCUUUGUCAAGCGGCUGACGAUUAACAUAAACCGAAUAUCUGACAAUAUACGCUGUAAGAUAAUUUUCUUUAAAUACAUUUAAUAGAGAGCUAUACUAAAACUAUAUAACUGUAGUACUACUCUAAAUUUGCCUAUGUUUUGAAAAAUUGUUCAACUUUAUUUGCUCCCCUUAUUAUCCAACACUCCUGGUUGGCAUCAUCCUUUUACACCUCUCACAAACUUAUCCAUAUUUUUAAGAAGGAUAAUGCAUCAGACAUAUCCAUAUUACCGUGGAAUUGCGCAGCUCUGAUUCUUUACCCAAGGUCUUUGAGCUCAUAUCGCUCAUCCGAUUUUGGGCGUUCUUAAAAGAAUCGCUUGGACAUAAAAGAAUUUUUAUGACACCUUUUGCAUCAAGGUCGAGGUCAACAAGAAUCAGCAUCAAUCGUAUCGAACAGACUCAGAGGCCCUUUACCAGAGUUACACCCGCAAACUCUCUGGUGAAGUUUCGUCUAGUUCAAUCUGAUUGCAUUGCUGCCCAGCUUUUAGAUUGUACCGAUGCUCUCGAUCUACUGUCUGUCUGUCUGCAAUAACAUGUCUGUUUCUAUAUGUUAUCUUUAGUUUCUCUCCUUAGUCAUAACAAUUAUAUGUGUAGCA